UUAGUGAGCGCACUGGGCCUAGCUGCGGCCUCCGCGGAGCUGAUCGGCGAUUCUCCUCGGCCCCCGCCCCAGCAGCCUUUUCUCCUUCUGGGGCAAGAAAGCAAUCCGUCUCUGUCCCGUCCCUUCCCUCAAUGACCCAGGCGGGAUCGCGCUAAGGCUCUUGGAGCCCCAGCCCCUACUCAGGGCGCUUGGAACGCGUGACCUCUCUGAAGAGGACAGGGAAGGGGCCCGAGGUGGGGCGGGAGUGAUCUCGGAAGGGAAGGGCAUUUGCAGAAAGGACGUGGCUGCAAAUCGGUAGCUGGAGGCCGCCACAGUAAAAUAAGCGCCUCGAAGAUGUCUGCGCCCGACUUCUAUUGGACCCAGGAGGCGGAAUGCACGCCCUGCGCGGGUUGGCCCAGGAUAAAGCUUCACUGAUGGCUCAGUUGGGAGCAGUUGUGGCUGUGGCUGCCAGUUUCUUUUGUGCAUCUCUCUUCUCAGCUGUGCACAAGAUAGAAGAGGGACAUAUUGGGGUAUAUUACAGAGGUGGUGCCCUGCUGACUUCCACCAGCGGCCCUGGUUUCCAUCUCAUGCUCCCUUUCAUCACAUCAUAUAAGUCUGUGCAGACCACGCUGCAGACAGAUGAGGUGAAGAAUGUACCUUGUGGGACUAGCGGUGGUGUGAUGAUCUACUUUGACAGAAUUGAAGUGGUCAACUUCCUGGUCCCAAACGCAGUGUACGAUAUAGUGAAGAACUAUACUGCUGACUAUGACAAGGCUCUCAUCUUCAACAAGAUCCACCAUGAACUGAACCAGUUCUGCAGUGUGCAUACGCUUCAAGAGGUCUACAUAGAGCUCUUUGAUCAGAUUGAUGAAAAUCUCAAACUGGCUUUGCAACAGGACCUGACCUCCAUGGCCCCUGGGCUUGUCAUCCAAGCUGUGCGAGUGACAAAGCCCAAUAUACCUGAGGCGAUCCGCAGAAAUUACGAGUUGAUGGAAAGCGAGAAGACAAAGCUUCUCAUUGCAGCCCAGAAACAAAAGGUGGUGGAGAAGGAAGCUGAGACAGAACGGAAGAAGGCCCUCAUUGAGGCAGAAAAAGUGGCUCAGGUUGCAGAAAUCACCUAUGGACAGAAAGUGAUGGAGAAGGAGACCGAAAAGAAGAUUUCAGAAAUUGAAGAUGCUGCAUUUCUAGCCCGGGAGAAGGCAAAAGCUGAUGCUGAGUGCUAUACUGCUAUGAAAAUUGCUGAAGCAAAUAAGCUGAAGCUGACCCCUGAAUAUCUGCAGCUUAUGAAGUUCAAGGCCAUUGCUUCCAACAGCAAGAUUUACUUUGGCAAAGACAUCCCUAACAUGUUCGUGGACUCUGCAGGCAAUCUGGGCAAGCAGUUUGAGGGGCUAGCUGACAAGCUGAGUUUUGGCUUAGAAGAUGAGGCCUUGGAGGCAGACACUGAGGAGAAUUGAAAAAAAAAUUUAUGCCACCUCAGAUGACACAUAAAGAGAUCUUUAUUUUUUAAUGAUGAACUAGGAUGACCCUCCCUCCUACACUACCUUCUUUAACUCUCUUCCAUGUACUGUGGUGCAAAAAGAAGAAAUGGACUUGAAUCUAUUCCCCUGGGAAGGGAGGGCAGGGAUUGAUGAUUUGGAGUUUUAUUCAGGUAAGUAGGUUAUAUGACUUCUGUUGAGAUUUGUAAACCAUAGGGUUGAGCUUUGACCUCCAGAUAUUAAUUUUUGACCUUCGAAGCUGGCUUAAUUAGGGAUGCUGUCAUUGAGGAGUGGGAGAAAUAGAGGGUGUUGCCUGUAGGUGAUUCGACUUCCCUUAUUUGAGAAAAUGCAGUCCAGUUUUCUCACCCUGCCUCUGAGGUGGGAGAUGCCUGUGGGCAAGGCUCACAACUGAGCAAAUUUGUGCUUGUAAGUUUGCCAGGAGCUGUGGGGAAACAGCUGCAGUGUGUUUGGCUUUCCUGGCGUUUUUGUCAGCGCAUACAUUGUUACUUUAGAGGAGCACUUCCUGAGCCCUCGUAAGGCAGAACUGGUGCUAGGUUUUGCAAGCUUUUCUAUACACUACCCUCCUUGCCCUGGGCUUAAAGUGGUGAUUCUGACUACAUUGCCAGAGUCAGGGUUUGGUCACCACCACACAAUUCUUUUUAAAACUUUUCACCUAUUCUAUGAUUUGUUUUUGUUUUUUCCUUUCAAUCUGUCCAUUGGCUCCAGUCAGCCUUAAGAAGAUGGGAACAAACAACUCAAGUGUCUUAAUAGCUGCUGAAGUGGGAACAUUAUGUCUGUUAGCCACUCUGGUACUUGCUUGGCAAACGCUAUAUGUUCCUUGAGAUCAAGUGUCUUUUUAUUGCUGUGGAGAUUCUACAUUGACGAGCUCUUCUGGAAAAGAAAGGAGGGCCAUCCAAAAGGUUUCCUAGUCUAAUGCCUGUGGCUUGUGCUGGGAGUAUGAACAUCACAGUGAUAAAAUGGAGCCCCUUCUCUAAGUAGCACGUGUAUUUAAUUCCAGGGCUCCAGGCAGCCACAUGACGAUCAGAGUGAUUGUUCAGUCUCCAGAGACGGCUGUGUAGCUAUAGGUCAGAGUGAAUGUCCCAAGUCCUGGGUUGGAAAGACUGCACCAAAAUCUGUUCAAAUGUUUUCUUUUUCAUUUCUAAUUAAAAGUUUGAGUCACUCUGGGAGAUUUGGGAUGGGGGAGACCAAACAUCAAAGAAAGGUUUUCUUAUAUCCUGGAACUGGAGUCAUGGGUGGGGCGGGCAUCCAGUCUGUAUAGCCCAUGAGUUGUGUACCAAAUUAAGUGGAGGGCAGCUAUCCAGAGUUAAGUUAACUUGCAAGCAUGUUAGUAUUCUCCAUGACAAGCUCUGGCUUAGAAUUUGGCCUUGUUAUUAGCUGUCUCCUAACUACCACCACCACCACCACGCCGCCUCUACCUACAAAAAAAAAAAACCUCCCACUGUACCCCUCUUCCCUCAGUGAAACUGUGAAUGCUGCUUUCUGGCACAGAUUCUCCACCUCAUUUUUGGUCCCAUGCCCAGACUUCUGGUUCAUCAAAUGGCCCCAGAACUCAGGCCAGCUUGCUCCUAAGUAGCAAGUUUGGAUAGCAUUCAGCCUGCCUAGGAAGAAACAAAGUGUUAACUCCUCUUAAUUCAGAUGUUACCCUUCUUUGUUCUAAAUCUUGGGACUAGAGUUUUGAAACCACUGGUCUUGAUCACACUUUGUGUAGGCAGCCAAAUGUUCCUGGGAGUGAUGGCUUUGUAUAUGCUCAGGAGUCCUCGCAGAAGGCAAUCUCCCAAGACCAACAUAGGAUAUCCAUUAUUAAUAUAUACUCGCCUUCCUCUCAUUUCAAUGCCAUUGAUCACUUGUUAGAAGCAACAUGUCCAGCAUCCCUGAUUUACAUAUGUGUCUGCUCCCUUUACUCUGAGACUUGUUAAGUAGGCCUCAGAAAACACUACUCUACUGAGGUAGAAUAAGAAGCAAGGAUAACUCAGUCUCCGAAUAGCACGUUUGCUCAGGUUCUUACCCUGAAAGUCUCUCUAAUACUAACAUCCUAUGAUAGCUUAUCGCUUGCACUAGAUACUCUUUGACCACAGAAGAGCCUUAGUGAAGUCCUGCACCUGCCUCCUCAAUGUUAACGUUGCUUCCUCUUUAAACAAAAAACAAAUGUUGUAGUACCCAUUUGUUUAAAUCCAAUGGUUGUACCUGCCUGAAUAGUAAGAUCAUGAAAGUCAGCUGUUUCCUUAGCAUGGGAAAACUAACCAAUCUGUUUGUGUGGCUUUGUUUCUUUAACACUAGAAAAUCUGAUCUUAACAUUUGAAUUCUAAACUUGUGAAAUGUGACAGCCUGCAAUUUUGUAGGCAGUAAAAUCACGGCUGCUAUUUAUAAAUGGAACUUCUCUCAAAAUAAGUAACUGUUUAUAAAAUAGUUUUUUAGGAUUUUCCAAGGAAAAGUCAUCUUGGUUGAAUGUUUCUCACUCAUUAAACUUUGCAGAAGUGAUGUAUAUUCAGUACAGUUUUUAAUUACUUUUUAUAUAAGGACAGAAUAUUUGCAAGGAAGCAUUUGUUAAUAAUUUUUAUAUGACUAAUAUUAAUUUGGAGGGAUCUAUAAUCAUAUUAAGUUGAAGGAGGAAAAAAAUCACUGAAGGAAUUUUAGCAAUACAGCAGGUCCUCAAAUAACAUCAUUUCAUACAGCAUAAUUUCAUUAUAACGAUGAGACAGUAAGAACUUAACUCUUGUUUAUAUCAAUUAGCCUAUGGUAAAAUUGGUUUCAUUUUGUGCAGUUUCACUUAAAGUCAAAGAACCUAUUGACGAUGUUGAGGACUUACUGUACAUUGAUCCAAAAAAAGUAGAUGUUUUAUAAAUGAUCUGUUGCAAUUUCUGUGGGUCUGUCUUUCAACACUGGUAAGUGUACCAUUUAUAGAAUAAAUACUGAAAAUAAGAUUGUCAUAUUUACUGACUUACCUAUUAAGUUUGAAGAUAAAAUGUACAGAUGCUCUUCAGCAUACAAUGGGGUUCUGUCCCAAUACAUCCAUCAUAAGUUGAAAGUAUCAUUAAGUUGAAAAUGUAUUUAAUACACCUAACCCAACCUACUGAUCAUUCAUUAUAGCUUAGCCUAGCCUACCUUAUACAUGCUCAGAACACUUACAGUAGCCUACAGUUGGGCAAAAUCAUCUAACACAAAGCCUGUUUUAUAAUAAAGUGUUGAAUGUCUUAAUGUAAUUUAUUACGCGUAUUGCUUUUACACCAUUGUAAAGUCAAAAAAUCAUAAGUCGGGGAUCAUGGCUAGUAGCUACUCUGUGUAUAUGAACUUAAGUACUUUAGUUCUAUUCAGUGUCUAGCCACUGUUUCUAUUGUUUCCUUAUAAAAGAGGUAAUAGCCAA